GUUUACGUCGAAAAAUUGGGCAAUUGAUAUUAAUGGCGAGUCACUGAAUAUUUUGAUCACCAAAGGAGGUGGGUGCCACUACUUCAAGGCAAUGUAUGAGAAAAUCCAGUUCGAACUGCUGUGUUCUAUCUCAAAUGAGUGAUUCUGCAGUGGUUGUCGAGCAGACGACGCUGUGUUAAAAUUGUGUUAUGUAUUGUUUUGAUGUUUAAAAAUUUUAUUUGAAAAUCGUGUUUUUAGGUAACUGUGGUAUUGACGAUACAAGUUCGGACUGAUUGUGACUAAUUUAAUCGUGAUCAAAUAAAUGUCAAAUUUAAAAUAUGUUGGUUUGCAGACAGAGGGCUGAAUUGUUGACUAUCAGAAAGUUAACGAGGAUUUAUCUUCAGAUUUUUAAUAUUUUAUAUUUUUUGUUUAUUAUUUUUUGUUUGAUGGUAAAUGCCACGGAACCUCUUUCCGAACUUGAAACAAAUUCAAGCACAGAAGCGAAACCAGAUGAUUCUAGAGUUAAACUCUUUAAAGCAAUAUUUCAUGAAAAGAGGCUUCAGCAUAAAGAUGUCAUCCAAAAUUUGUUAUCUCAAGACUAUAAAAAGCAGUAUAAAAUUAUAAAUCAAACAUUGGUAAAAUUAUUUGAGGUAAUGGGGCUAAGUAAAACAAUACUGGAGCAUUCAGGUUAUAUACCUGGACUCGAUGUGCCUGUAAAUAAUACUGUUUCUGAAGCAUUAGGACAAAUACUGGAUAAUACUGCUCUAUAUGGUGACUUUCAACUGAAACUACCUGAUAUAACAGAUCGUAUAAUGAAAAAUCAUCCUGACUGGCUUGUGCUUAUAAAAUGGGCAAUUGGAUUUUCCAAUUCAACUGAGCUCUUUAAUGAAAGCACCAUGCAUAUGAUUGAUUUGUUGUGCCAAGAAAUGAAUCUGAUUGAGAGAAGAAAAGAUUUUAUUAAUCCAUAUCGAAUGGCUGUUACGCUGGAAGAGCCAGUUAAAGAAGCUAAGCAAAAGAAGAGAGUCACUAUUAAAAAAGGUCCAAGAAUGAGCAAACAAAGGCAUACAGAAUUUUAAUUUAUAUUAAUGUGUUUCUGUUAUUACCUCUCAUUAAAGUAAAGCCAAUGUAAAUAAUAAAUAUUAAAGCUUCAGUUUUAAGAGAA